AUGUCUCUCUUCAGUCGAUCGCGGUCUUCCAGUCAACCCCUGGUUCGACGUAUCUCAACCACCCUCCGCCGCAGGCUGUCCGGAACCAUGCCUGGCCAACGAUCUACAAAACCGGGUAACGAUACAUCUUCUAGUUCAACAACCCACUUCCAAGUAGAGCCAGCUCCAGACGCCACGCCCCUGAAGGCAUCUUCCACCUCCAAUCCUGGCGAUGUUUCCCCUGAGAGCAUCGACAGGGAAUCACAUCCACACGCCGUAGAGCUUCACGACAAUCCCAUCAAUGUGAUCUCACUCCCACCCGAAUCUCGCUCUCCAUCCCCGCCAUCCCCAACUCAGCCCUCGCCAGCAUUCACCUUUGCAGUCCUCGACUCUCCUCCCACCCCCCCUUCCCCUCAAACCAUCUACACAACAUACACCUGCAUACCCGUGGAAGAAAGACUCCAAAGACGCCAAGAGUGCCUCUUCCAUCUCGAACGCUUCCGUCAAGGCCUCGUCCAAGACCCCUUCGGUGAAUGGACCGACCUCGCCAACGACUUAUACGACGGCAACAUCCCUCCCGAGUUCUACCUCGCCUCCGCCCCCUUCACCCUCCACUCCCUGCGCGGCCGCAUCCGCCUGCGCUACAUCCGCACCGCCUUCUGCAUGCCCAUCGACUCCAACAUCUACCAGAUCGAAUCCUUCCUUAGCCGCAACUCGUCCAUCGUCCGGUACCUCCAUUUCAAUACCGUGCCUGACCCAGAUCGUGCUUACAUGUACCAGAUACACGUACAUAGCCCCGAAACUCGGAAAUACAACAGGCGUGUGUUGCGUGCCAUCAAGGAGCUGGAUUGGAUGGACGGAGAGGUCGACAAGGUGGCCAAUUCGGCCAGGGUGGAAGACAAGAAGGCUCUGUCCAGGAUGUACAAGGUGAGAGAAGUCGAGAUACUGCCUACUGUGUGGAACAGGAUGGAGGAGAUGAAGGGGAUGGAUGAGAAGUGGAAAGAUGUGCCAAUGGAGGAGUUACACGGGCGGGUUGUUGAACGGUUUCGACGGAAUCGUCCGAAUAGCCUGCUUAGAAACGUCGUCACGUACCAAGAUGUCAGGAGGAGUCAUUGUAGAUUCAUGUAG